GCAACCACAAUUAGGGUUAUCCAUUUAUCCAGAAGCUUCGCACAAUGGCAUUGUACAGAUAGAGUAUCCAGAAACUUCCCAAACCGUCACAAACUGAACUGAUCAGACUAGACAGAGAAGACGGAGCGAGAGCAGGCAAAAUCAGAAGUUAGACAGAGGUAGAAGGCGAGCUCUCAUCUUUCGGUCACAAUGGCGGAGCAUCUGGCUUCAAUAUUCGGAACGGAGAAGGAUAGGGUAAACUGCCCGUUCUACUUCAAGAUCGGGGCUUGCCGUCACGGCGACCGCUGUUCCAGGCUUCACACCAAGCCGAGCAUCAGCCCCACCCUCCUCCUCUCCAACAUGUACCAGCGCCCCGACAUGAUCACCCCCGGCGUGGACGCGCAAGGUCAUCCCAUCGAUCCGCGUAAGAUGCAGGACCACUUCGAGGAAUUUUACGAAGAUCUAUUUGAAGAAUUGAACAAGUAUGGUGAGAUAGAGAGUUUGAAUGUCUGUGAUAAUCUGGCUGAUCACAUGGUGGGCAAUGUGUAUGUUCAGUUUAGGGAAGAGGAGCAGGCUGCAAAUGCCUUGAAAAAUCUCUCCGGGAGGUUCUAUGCUGGAAGGCCUAUCAUUGUGGAUUUCUCACCCGUCACUGAUUUUCGUGAAGCAACAUGCCGACAGUACGAGGAGAACUCUUGCAACCGUGGUGGUUACUGCAACUUUAUGCAUCUUAAGAUGAUCGGCAGGGAACUGAGACGGCAGUUAUUUGGGAGGUCCCAUAGAAGGCACAGCAGAAGCAGAAGUCCUUAUAGGCAUAGAAGCUAUGAAGAGAGAUCUCACAGGAGCCACAGUAGUAGAAGGAGGUAUGAUGAUGAUGAUUAUGACAAUGAUAGAGAUGAUUACUAUCAUGAGAGUAGGAGUCGGAGACGCAGAACGACAAGUCCAGGUGGUCAUCAUCGUAAGGGGCGAAGCAGGAGCCCAGGUGAAAGCAGGCGAGGUAGAAGUCCUUCUAGGGAUGGAAGUGAAGAGAGGCGUGCUAGGAUUGAGCAGUGGAAUAGGGAAAAGGAACAGGCUAAAAUUUCUAAUGGAGGAGAAGUUCAUGAUGAUCACAAAAGAGAAAACAAUGAGCAUGGUUAUGCACAGAAUGGAGAUGACCAGUACCUUGGUGGCCAGCAUCGUUCAUCACAGAGUGGAUAUGCUUACUGAUGUCCAUUGACUGAACUGGAAACAGGUCCAGGUUUCCAUGCAGACAAAGGAUCAUCAAAAUCAUAUAAUAACUUCUUUACCAUGAAACAUGUGACAGGUCAUCAACGACAGGUGUACUUGCUGAUUCGUCUACAGGAACUUGCAUUAGUUAAAGUCUUAAAGAUAACAAAGUUGGAAGAGCUUCAGUGCUGGAGUGGGGGAGGGCUUUGUGGAAUUUUUAGUCUGCCUGACAUCCAUAUGAGGUGAAGUUUGUUGGUUCGAAGCAUUUGAUGGGAAAUAUAACAAAAAAAUUGUUCCAAGGAUGUGUAUUGUUUAGUGUAUGCUAUUUCUGAUAUUUCUAUAAUUGAUGACAAUGUUUUGCCUUUGUAACUUAGCAAUCUUAUUCAGAAACACUUGGGAAGUUUUUGAUAAAAAUGAGGAGUUUCAUGUUCUGAUAUUUCACGCUUCUUAGCUUCACAAACGAUUUUAUCGUCUGCCAAAGAGAAAAUUGAUCCAUACCCU